CUCUCUCACUCUCACACUCUCACUCUCACACUCUCACUCUCACACUCUCACACACUCUCUACCUAUAUUUCCAACCUCGAUCAUAUCCACCCAUUCGCCCAUCUUGCUCAUCUUAGAUAUCUUGUUGCGCUCCUCUCAAUCUCUCACACACACACCCUCACGGUCUUCACUUCACUCCACUUCUCUUAUCCUAUGGGACUUUUUUUCGGUUCCCCAUUCAUACCGAAAAUAGCCUUUGACGCACCUCGAGAAACGAACAAAUUUGCUUGUUCGCAAUCCCCCCCCAAGACAGCCAUUUUCAAGGAGAAGAACAGGAUAAAGACAGAGAAGAAGGCUACCAGGUAUAUACGAAAAAGAUAAGAAAGAAAAAAGAGAGACAAUAAUCGCAAAAAAGCAAAGGCGAAAGCGAAACCCCCAAAAGUAAAUAAAUCCCUACUCUUUUUUUCAUAAAUACUUUAACUUUUCCUCCUACCUUUCUUUUAUAUAUUCCUCCCUUUCGCUGUCUCUCUGUCUCUCUGUCUCUUCCUCUCUCUCUCUACCCUACCAAAAUGGACUUUUGACGUCUGGUUUUGUGUUAUUCUAGCUAGGGAAAAAAACUUAUAUUCACCACACGCCACACACAACCUACCUCCUGCUAGGGCUGUUACCACUGGUAUCACUCACUAUACCUAAGCCAUUACAGCAAAGCCAACCGUCAUAUCAUAUUUUUUUAUUUUUUUUCCCUCUCACAGUCUGUCCAACCACAAUCGUUCGUCAGACCGGCUACACGCACCCACGGUCAUCCCAGCGGGAAUUAUUAUCUAUUCUCAAUGUCCUUUAACCUCUUUUCAAAAACACCAAGAAAACCAAAGAAACCUGAAGAUAACGAGGAGGGGAUUCAAACGGAUUCGCCUCGCUCAAAAUCCCCACUAAAGAAAUCUUACUCAAGAUUAAGCAAAAAUAAAGAAGAGGAAAAUAUUAAAUCAGAGGAAAAACAAUCAGGCUCAACAAAAUCCAGCCGUAUUCGACCAAAGUCGAGUGUAUACCCGUCGCGAAAUUCUUUCGAUCCAAAUACUACUCAUCCUUUAAACCUUCCGCCAGAUCAACUGCGGAGGUUAUCAACUCAAGUCAGGAUGUCGGAACCUAUGGAUAUCGACGUUGACUCUCCUGCCAGCGCUCGCAAUCCUUCCCCACCACCUCCAACCAAUUCACAAUCAAACACGCAAGCAAGCUCAUCAAAACCAGCAGAGCCUGCUCGUAAGCUGUCCUCCAAGUCUGCUCCAAAGCCUGCUCCUCAGCCAAGUGCACCCAAUGGUGACAAUGCUCCAGCUAAUGGAGAGGGACCACCCCCUCCCCCACCAGCUCACAAAUCAAACCCGACAAGUCCUCAAGCAGUAGCGCCACCAACCCCAGAAGAAGCAGAGACAUUCAAAGAUGCGGGAAAUAGAUAUUACAAGGCUAAGCAGUACAAGAAAGCUAUUGAAGAAUACACCAAGGCUGUCGAAGCGAUGCCAACAUCAUCCACCUACAUCAACAAUCGUGCUGCUGCUUAUAUGGCUGCUGGCCAAUACUACCAGGCUUUAGAAGAUUCCAAGCGAGCUGACCAGCUUGAUCCUAACAACCAUAAAGUACUUCUACGAUUGGCUCGAAUUUACAUCAGUAUGGGAUUACCACAAGAGGCUAUGGAUACUUUUGGCCGCAUUCAACCACCACCUUCAGCAAAAGACAUGGCUCCAGCUAAAGCUAUGUUGCAACAUCUUGCGGCUGCAGCAGACGCACUCAAGAACGGAACUGGAUCAAUGGCAAUACACUCUAUUGAGCAGGCAGAAAGAUUACUUGGUAUGGGUGUACCCAAGCCACGCAAAUGGCAAUUAAUGCGUGGUGAGGCCUAUCUAAAAAUGGGCAAUGUCAAUGCUUUGGGAGAUGCACAAAAUGUUGCCAUGUCUUUGUUACGAGGAAACAGCCAAGAUCCUGAGGCGCUUGUUCUGAGGGGUAGGGCUUUAUACUCUCAAGGCGAAAAUGAAAAGGCCAUCCAACAUUUCCGACAAGCUUUGACAUGCGAUCCUGAUUACAGAGACGCAGUCAAGUAUUUAAGAUUGGUCAGAAAGGUUGAUCAGUUGAAAACCGACGGAAACGCGGAGUUCAAGGCUGGGCGAUACCCAAAUGCCAUUGAAAAGUACAGUGAAGCUCUCGCACUCGACCCUACAAACAGAGGAACAAACUCCAAAUUACUUCAAAAUCGUGCUUUGUGCAAAUCUCGUCUCAAGGAUUAUGCGGCUGCUAUUGAGGAUUGUGAUCAAGCUCUUCAACUUGACCCUUCAUACAGCAAAGCAAAGAAGACAAAAGCUACCGCUCUUGGCGAGUCUGGCCAAUGGGAGGAAGCUGUACGCGAGCUCAAGCAGUUGCAAGAACAAGAUCCUUCAGACGCUGGCAUUGCUAGGGAGGUACGAAGAGCUGAACUCGAGUUGAAGAAGAGCAAGAGGAAGGAUUACUACAAGAUUCUUGGCGUUGAGAAAGACGCAGAUGAUAACCAGAUCAAGAAGGCUUAUAGAAAGGCAGCAAUCAUCCAUCAUCCAGAUAAGAACCGGGACGAUCCACAUGCAGAGGAGCGAUUUAAGGAUAUUGGAGAAGCCUACGAGACCUUGAGUGAUUCUGAGAAACGUGCACGAUACGAUAGUGGUGUAGACUUGGAAGAUCCAAUGGAUGGCUUUGGAGGCGGUAUGGGAGGUGGUGGAGGAGGAAUGAACAUUGAUCCAGAAAUCCUCAUGCAAAUGUUUGGAGCCCAGAUGGGAGGGGGCCGUGGAGGUGGAGGUGGUUUCCACAGUUUCGGUGGAGGUAUGCCGCAGGGAGGUCGCGCUCGGGGCGCUCCUCAAGGCUUUCCAGGUGGAUUCUCGUUCCAGUGACCUGAUGAAGAUCCGAAUCAGGAUAUCAAUCAAGAUCAAUCCACCUCUCACAACACAUCAAAAAGUUCGCGUCAAAGUUCUGAUUUCACAAAAGCUUCUCAUGAUCCCGACGGAACAUGGUGGCUACGUAAAGCAUGGAUGGGGUUCCUACUGGCGGGCGUUCUUCUUCCUCUUGAUCUCUUGGCCCUUCUAGCUUUUUUAAUGGCCGGAGUGUACAUUUGCAUCAAAACCACCAUUUACGUGCGUCGAAAACGCGACGCGUCAUAGAAUUUGGGGAUUAGAUUCCAUUGCAGGCGUUUUCUAUCGUGGAUUUUCAUUUUUGAUCCCAGCUUUGAAAGCAUGAUGAAAGGAUAACCACAUACAUACUGGACAGGUUUUGAAACAGCAUCAAAAAAUUUGAAGAGGGUAAUGUGACAAAUGAGGAAUUGAUGUACAUGUCUGAUGAUAUUUAUCACAAUGACAUAGGAUUUCUUUUAUUACCUUAACUUAAAUAGACUAUUAAUGAACAUAGUUUGAAACA